AUGCUGCCCAUCCCCUCGCAGCUUGUUCUGGUGGUCUACAUCGUCACCUUCGUGACGGGCCUGCCCGCCAACAUCCUGGCCUUCUACACCUUCACUCUGAAGGUGAAACAGAAGCCCACGCCCAUCGACAUCCUCCUCCUCAACCUGACAGUCUCCGACCUCAUCUUCCUCAUCUUCCUGCCCUUCAAGAUAAAGGAGGCAGCAGACGGCCUUAAAUGGUACAUGCCAGACUUCCUGUGUCCGCUCUCCGGUUUUAUCUUCUACACCACCAUCUACAACAGCACCUUCUUCCUCACGGCCGUCAGCGUGGAGCGCUACCUGGGCGUAGCCUUUCCCAUCCAGCACAAACUGAACCGCCGGCCGCUCUACGCCGUGCUGGCCAGCAUCUUCUUCUGGGUCUUCUCGCUGCUGCAGCUCAGCAUCGUUUACAUCAUGCCCUACUACAACCCUGAAGGUGACAGCUUCAGCACGCCCACUCCGCACAACGCCUGCUAUGAGGAAUUCACCGAUGAGCAGCUCAAGAUCCUGCUGCCCGUGCGUCUGGAGCUGUGUCUGGUUCUCUUCUGCAUCCCCUUCAUCAUCUGCAGCUACUGUUACAUCAACUUCAUCCGCAUCUUGUGCAGGUUGCCUCACAUCAGCAGCCGGAGGCGGCAGCGCGCCAUCGGCUUGGCGUUGGUGACACUACUGGUCUUCGCGCUCUGUUUCGGGCCCUACAAUGCUUCCCACGUGGUGGGCUUCACCACCGGAACAAGUCCCAAUUGGAGAUACGUCACCCUCCUCUUCAGCACCUUCAACGCCUGUCUGGACCCCAUCAUCUUCUACUUCUCGUCUUCGGCGGUGAGGAGCACGCUCCGUGACCUACUGCCGGGGCUCGCGAGCAGGCUGCGUCUUUCUGACUGCCCAAGCUCCCCAUGCGCUCACUGCUGCCCCCUGUUGAAGCGAUCUGAGACUAACAAGGACCUGGGCCAGAGCUCUGUGGUGGCCAAUUCCCUCUGACGGGCUGCAUCAUGGGUUAUGACACGUAUUGGUGUUAGCGUACAUGUGCACAGUAUCUAUACCCGUAUUUUUCCAUUACGCUUUGUUUGAUUUUAUUAACGGCCCACAGGACAGCUAUGAGACCCCCGUAUGAUGUGCUGAUUGCUACACGCGUACACAUGUACAGAUUCCACACGGCUGUACACAAGAUUACAUCCAAUUUUGCUUUGAGGAGAAAAGCAAACAGAAGCAGUCCACCAUGAGGCAGCUGUGGGAGAUUGUCUAGUGGGACAGCCACAAUAAAAGAAGGCGUGUAGCGUGCGAUACUCUCCUGUGCAGGAAACACGGCAGCGGCAUAUGCACUGAUAGGACUUCGGUCUGCGGAGUGCAGUGAUAAUGACCCACGUCUCGCCGCAAUAAAUCCCUCGAAUGAAUGCGCUCUUUCAACUCUCCUCUUACGCUUAUACUGCACUCGAUAGCAGAGCCGCGUCGCUUGUGUAAACAGCAAACGGGAAAUAAUAU